GGGGACACGUCGGCGCGGCCGCAGCCGCGCAAAAACUACUGGGCACCGGCGCACGAACGCCGCGCGCUCCCCCACCACCACCUCCCUCCCCCUCCCUCCAAACUCCAAAGCCCUCAACCAAUCCCCUCUCUGCUCAGCGCAGCCUCCGCUCCCCCCAAUCCGAAUCCCACUCCGACUCCCUCGCCUCCCCCCAAUGGCGUCGCCGGGCGCCGCCUUCUCCGCCGCGCUCGCCGCCGAGGACUUCCCAUGGGUGGAGAGCCAGGAGGAGAUGGGGAUGGCACCGGACAAGUACCGCGAGGUGUUUGACCUCGCGCAGCGCGGCACGCAGGUCUUCAGGGACGGCCACUUCGACGAGGCAAUAUCCUUCUACUCUAAAGCUCUAAAUUUGAGACCAGGAGAUCAAAUUAUACUUAGCAACCGAAGUUUGGCUUUCUGUCGGAUAAGUCAACUGUUGAGGGAGAGAUCAGCAGCUGACUCUGAAUAUCAGCCCUUGAAUGGCCUUGAUCCUACAACACAUGCGGAGUUAGCUCUGAAGGAUGCAGAGAAGAUCAUAUCUAUCAACAGUAAUUCCCCUAGACCAUAUCUUCUCAAGGCAUAUGCGCUAAUUCUGCUGGAGCAUUAUCAUGAGGCACGUGAGGCCCUUCUUGCUGGUCUUCAAGUUGACCCCCUCAGCCAUGUCUUGCAAACCUGUCUGAGUGAUCUGGAUAGGAAUACAAAUAUUGCAGCUGGGGCAAGGCGUGCAAGGUUAGAUAGGACUGAUGAUUUUGAGUGCACAUUAUGCUUUAAGCUAUUGUAUGAACCUGUCACUACACCAUGUGGGCAUUCAUUUUGUCGUUCUUGUCUACAUCAGUCAAUGGAUCAUGGAAAUAAGUGCCCCAUGUGUCGGACAGUUCUAUUUAUUGGUCCAAGAACAUAUCCUAUAAGUGUAACAUUGAGCAACAUAAUUCAGAGAAAUUUCCCAGAAGAAUAUGCUGAGAGGAGGUCAGAACAUGAGACUAUGACAUAUGCUGGUGUUGAUUUGAUGCCUCUCUUUGUUAUGGAUGUUGUACUUCCAUGCCAAAAGAUGGCACUGAACAUAUUUGAACCUCGCUACAGACUAAUGGUAAGGAGGAUAAUGGAAGGGAACCAUCGAAUGGGAAUGGUUGCUAUUGAUUCGGCAACGGGUACUGUAGCUGAUUGUGGCUGUGAGGUGGAAAUUUUGGAGUGUGAACCACUUCCAGAUGGGCGUUUUUAUUUAGAGGUGGAAGGCUCUCGUCGGUUUCGUAUCUUACGAUCAUGGGAUCAAGAUGGAUAUAGAGUUGCCGAAGUUGAAUGGUUGCAAGAUAUGCCUCUGCCAGAAGGAUCACAAGAGAGAAGAGAACUAAUCGAACUUGCCAAUGGAGCUUCAGAACUAGCCAGGGCAUAUAUUAGGCGUGCUAGAGAAACCGUACGGACUGCAAGGCGAACAAGGCAUUUGGAUCUUGAGAGCAUGCCUGGACCACAGGAUCCUGAAAAAUUUAGCUUCUGGUUAGUCAACUUGAUAAGUUUGAGGCCCUCUGAUAGAUUAGAUCUGUUACGCCUCCGUGACACUCGGGAGAGAAUUUCUAGUAGCAUCAGGUUGCUGAGUGAUGCCGCCGAGCAAGGUUGCCAUGUACAGUAACAGAACAAUAGCACCAAGAAUUGUUUCCACAGGCCAAUUUAUUCAUCUAGGGGUAUAUACUGAGCAGCUCCUAUGUAAAUCGUUUUACAGUAUAGAUUUAUCAUAUUUGUUAUUUAAUUGAUUCUGGGCGGUAUAAUUUCCUCAUGUACGAACUGUCAAUGGAAAAGGUAUAUCGUAAACUUCCUUAUUCUUGUACCAUUA